AAAAUAAAACGUGGAAAAAAAGAAAGUCGAGAAAAGCUAACCCUGGGUGGGGCAGGGCUGGGAGCAGCAGCCAGAGGGAAAACAAAGGGAACUUGUGCUAAGUAACUCGGAGUGGCAACUGUGGGAAUGCUGCAGGGAACCAACUGGCCAUCAGCUUGUCAUUAAAAGCUUCGCCCAGUGAUUCCAGGAAGUCUUAUUUGCUUCCUUGAAAUCCGGAGGAGGAAGAGGAGAUGGAGCCCAUCGCUAAUUCCAGGCCUUUCUGUAGAAGAAUAUCUUGGUGCUGCGGGGUGCUGCCCAGUGCCCUGCUCUUCCUACUCAAAUGAGUCAGAUGACAGAGGGCCGGCACUGCCAGGUGCAUCUCCUCGAUGACAGGAACUUGGAGCUGCUGGUUCAGCCCAAGCUUUUGUCUCGCGAGUUACUGGAUCUAGUGGCCUCGCACUUCAACCUGAAAGAAAAGGAAUAUUUUGGGAUAACUUUUAUAGAUGAUACAGGUCAGAGCGUCUGGCUGCAGCUGGACCACAGAGUCCUGGAUCAUGACUUGCCCAAGAAACCCGGUCCAGCAACUUUGUAUUUUGCUGUUAGGUUCUACAUUGAAAGCAUUUCCUUUCUCAAGGACAAAACGACAGUAGAGCUGUUCUUCCUGAACGCCAAGUCCUGUGUGCACAAGGGGCAGAUCGAGGUCGAGAGCGAGACCGUCUUCAAGUUGGCAGCCCUGAUUUUGCAGGAAGCUAAAGGGGACUAUUCCAGUGAUGAAAACACUAGGAAAGAUUUGAAGACGCUGCCUGUCUUCCCUACCAAGACGCUGCAGGAGCAUCCAUCGCUUGCUUACUGUGAGGAUAGAGUAAUUGAACAUUAUACACAAAUUAAAGGUCUGACCAGAGGACAAGCCAUUGUUCAGUACAUGAGAGUGGUAGAAGCUUUGCCAACAUAUGGAGUUCAUUACUAUGGAGUAAAGGAUAAACAAGGAAUCCCUUGGUGGCUUGGAAUAAGUUAUAAAGGGAUAGGACAGUACGACUUACAAGACAAAGUCAAGCCCAGAAAACUAUUCCAAUGGAAGCAGCUGGAAAACCUCUACUUCCGUGAGAAGAAAUUUGCCGUGGAAGUUCACGAUCCCCGCAGGAUUUCAGUCUCGAGAAGGACCUUUGGUCAGAGUGGACUGGUAGUGCAAACCUGGUAUGCAAACACUUCCCUGAUCAAAUCCAUCUGGGUAAUGGCAAUCAGUCAACACCAGUUCUACUUGGACAGAAAACAAAGCAAAGCAAAAAUUCCUUCAGCCAGAAGUUUGGAUGAUAUUGCCAUGGAUUUGACAGAAAUGGGAACACCAAAGGUUUCAAAGCUAGUGACUAUGGAAGCAAAAAAUCAGCUUAUUAUGGCCAGCAAUGGCAGUUUAAUCUCAUCAGGCUCUCAGGAUUCAGAGGUCAGUGAAGAACAAAAGAAGGAGAAAAUUAUGGAGCUAAAGAAGAAAGAGAAACUCCUUCAGGAAAAACUGCUGCAGAAAGUUGAGGAGCUGAAGAAAAUCUGCCUGCGCGAGGCGGAGCUGACGGGCAAGAUGCCAAAAGAGUAUCCUCUGAGUGCCGGAGAGGAACCUCCCCAGGUCAGAAGACGUGUUGGCACAGCUUUCAAACUGGAUGACAACCUGCUCCCUACUGAAGAGGAUCCCGCUUUGCAGGAGUUGGAGAGCAAUUUUAUCAUACAGCAAAAGCUGGUAGAAGCUGCAAAGAAACUUGCUAGUGAGCCAGAUCUCUGCAAAAACGUAAAGAAGAAAAGAAAGCAAGAGUAUGCUGAUGCUGUAAAAAAGCUUCAAGAGAUUGAAAAUUCCAUAAAUGAAUAUAGAAUCAAGUGUGGCAAAAAACCAACCCAGAAAUCAACUCUUACUCUACCAGAUGAUAUAAUCCCAUCUGAGAGCAGCUCUCUGUCUGAUACGACAACCUAUGAUGAUGCCAGUGAAUCCCUCACUGUGCCAGCACAAAGAACCAGCUCUGCACAGCUUUCUCCACGGCUUCCUCCACCGAAGUCCCUUGGGCUGGAGAGGAUCCAUCUUAGAAAGUCAUCCAUGAACGAGCAGCUCUUGGAAACGAGACACUCCAGGGACCCGCUUUCAACUCACAGCAGUCCUUAUCGCACCCUGGACCGACUGCCCCCGUCCCACGGGGGGAGAAGCAUGCCUACAACACCCGUGCUCACACGCAACGCCUACAGUAGCAGCCACUUACAGCCAGAUGUUUCCCCACACCAUUGCAGGCAGCGCAGUGGCAGUCUGGAGUCCCAAACUCACCUGCUGUCUGAAGCCCCCGCUGAAAAGACAGCCUUCUCCCUUUCAAAGUCCCAGCGAAGCAGCAGCACAGAGAUCCUAGAUGAUGGAUCAUCCUACACUAGCCAGUCCAGUGCUGAAUAUUACUGCGUGACGCCUACACCCAAUCCAUAUUAUACUACUCAGACGCUUGACAACAGGACCAGGGGUCGAAGACGGUCAAAGAAACAAAAUAUUUCUGCUGCAAGUUCAGGAAGCAUGCCAAAUCUUGCCCAGAAGGAUGUCCGGAAUGGUGUCUACCACAAAAAUCAGGAGCAGCCUCCCUCCAGUUACUAUAUUUCUGGAUAUUCCCCUUACACCGAAUCUGACGUUUAUUACAACGGAGGAUAUGUUUAUGAGAGUGACACAGAGGGACAGUAUAGUGUCAAUCCCUCGUAUCGCUCAUCGGCACAUUACGGAUAUGACCGUUACAGGGAAUUCAGGUCUUACCAUGAGGAUGAAGUGGACAGAGUACCGCACAACCCAUAUGCAACGCUAAGGCUUCCACGGAAGCAGGUUGCUAAAACGGAGCAUAUAACCAAAAACAUUCACAAGGCCUUAGUAGCAGAGCAUCUCCGUGGUUGGUACCAACGUGCCUCCAGUCAAAAGGAACAGGGUCAUUGCCUGCAGGCAGGCUUUGAGUCUGACAGAGGAUCUCAAAGGAGUUUGGGCCUUGCAGGUGUGCAGGUGCCAUGCUCUCCUAGCAGUCGUGUGUCAUCUUUCUCUUCGGCGUCUUCUGCAAACACUGCUGGGAACUGGCGGAACCCACUUGCAAUGGGACUUUCAGAUUAUGAUACGUUAUCUCAUUCCUCUUUUGCCAGCUGUUAUGGAAACACUUAUGGCAACCUUCCUCUGCAAAGCAGAGCUUAUGCAGAGACGAGCCAGCUGGGUGGUGAUGAAGAGAACCAGUUGGAGGAAGACUUGCACAGCAACGAGCAAAGGUUAUUCUGGCACGAGGAUUCAAAGCCUGGGACGCUCGUGUAGACCGCCUGCAGCCCUGCAUUCGUACCCUUGUGUGCCUUGCACAAAACGCUGUUACUCCGAAGGAGACCUCGGGGGCACCUUUGUGACCGAACAAAAAGGAGGUGGGAGGUGUUCUGUUGCUGGGAAAGAUGAAGUUCAGCAUUACGAGGGACUAUAGCAAAAUGACAAAGUCUUACCAAGAAUGGCGCUUCUUUCUGAAUCCGGAUAGCCUAAAUGAGCAAGGGCAAGCCACGAUGUAAUCUACGACAAGAUGCAGCACUUGGUUGAAGUAUUUAUAUUUAGCAAGCACUUUUUUUGAAGAUUGGAAUGUGUUGAAGGCAAACCUCAAAAAAAAAUGUGAAAAGGGAACUCUUACGGAAAAAACAGGAAUUCUAGGAGCACAAUUAUGAUGUCUGAAAGAAGAACAAAUGGAAAUUUCUUCUGCCAUGGCUUAUGAUGACCUGGAAGGACUUUCAUAAGCUUGUGAAGGAUAGAUACUGUGUGUGUGAAUGAGGCAAAGGGUGAUUUAAUCAGUAUUGGAACAUUACUUGAAGGAAGGCUGGAUUUUUUUUAUUAUUCUUAUGGAGGUUUGAAUGAGUAUAUCCAUUUUUGGGGCGUUGUUAAGAGUGUUUGUUAGCACCACAAACGAGUUCUGGAAAGAAAAGAAUUUGCUGUCACAAUAUGUCAUGUAAAACUGUAGGUGGUUGUGGAUUUUGGAAACGGGAGUAAACUUUGAACUCCUUUCCAUGAUAAAGUGUAAUUAAUAACCUCACACUUAUCGACCUUUCCAUGGUACAACUUCACUGUGCAGAGGAGCAGGCAAAUUUUCACUGUGGCUGCGUAGUGUUCGUUGGGUGACAGUUACGUUUUGCUCUGCCGUAGCGAACUGAGGAUCGGAAAUGGAGAGUUGCAGUUACCACAGGACGAACAACUCGAUUGUAAUGGCCAGUAUUUUAAGGUGGAUGCAAACAUAAACAGCCAAGUGGGUGCCUUAAAAUGAGGGGCAUUAGAAUUGUACCACGAGUCAUCUGAACUGCCAGGUGCGUUGCAAAGUCACUGAGUGACUAGAACAGCAUCUUUGCAAAACCAUUUAUUCAGAAAAAAAGUGCGACUGCAGUCUUGGUCUAAGAGGGAUAAACCUACCUCAUGUCAUCCAUCUGUAGGAACAAAUUAGCAUGGGUUCUCUUGCGUGAUUUAUGAUGACUCAUUUGCAUACUGUAAAAUCUCUCUCGUGUCUCAGCUGUACUGUGCUUCAGGAUCCCAUAAAAUGGUGCUCUUUUUUCUUUUAUACAAAAGAUUAGUAACCCCUUGUUCAUAUUGUGAAUAGAAAAGUUUCUGAUAAACUUUUUUGGACGUUUUUUACCAAUAUUCCAGAGCAUGUAAUAUAUACAGAAGGACACACUUGUUAAGCUGGUACUUAGUCGUUUGUAUUAUUAGAGUCGCAAUUUGGAAUUAAACGAACAAAAACAAAAUAAGUAACUUAUUUCCUUGGUUUUGCAUAUUUGUAUAGCCUUCUAGAAAUGCGAAAGCUCUUUUUUGCUUAUUCUUUUACUACUCAUGAAUUUCUAGACCUAUUAUUUUGUAUAGGUCAAUAAACUGAAAAGUGUGCUACC